GUUAUGAAAUAACCUUCAGCCUGUUGAACCCUGACCCUGUGUCUCACCAUCUGCACUGGGACAUAGAGGCGGCAGUCCAGAGUUAUAUCCAGCCUCUCCUGUCUAAGCUGGCCCCGGUGGCCGACUUCAGUCUGGACUCACAGAUCCUCUACUACGCUGUCCUAGGAGUCAACCCACGAUAUGACCCCUCCCUCAACGCCUACACACUCAACGCUGACAGCCUGUCUCAYGUCAUUAACCCCGUAGAGGCCAGGCUGGGCUCCAGCGCCGCGUCAUCCAACCCCGUCCUGAACUUCUUGCUGUACGUUCCAGACGCACGUCACUCCCCCCUCUACAUCACCGACCACCGCAAAUACACUGUCGACUCCAACGCCUUCAGCUCCCCGCGGUGGGGUGGCAUCAUGGUGUAUAAUGUCAAUGGGACAGAGCUUCCUGUUGACAUCAACAUAGACAUGACCAGAGUGAUGGGAGUCUUCCUAGCGCAGCUACGGCUGAUGUURGGUGUCCAGUCGUCAGCCCCUCCCCCUGGCUUCCUGGUUGGCCCGUGUGGCCCMGCGGGAUUGGCUGACUGGGAGUUGGAUCGCCUCCUGUGGAGUCGCAGUGUAGAGAACGUUGCCACGGCAACGACAACCAUCACCUCAUUGGCCCAGCUGCUGGACCAGAUAGGAAACAUCGUCAUCAACGACAACAUCGCAGAACAGGUGUCGGCGGCAGUUGCCUCUCUCCAGUUGGCUGUGGGUCAGUUGGAGGCGGGGAACCUGGGCCUGGCCCUGCAGUACAGUAAGGAAGCUAUCCUCCAAUCAGAACGAGCCUUCUUCGACCCCUCCCUCCUCCAYCUCCUCUACUUCCCUGACGAUCAGAAGUUUGCCAUCUACAUCCCUCUCUUCCUGCCCAUGUGUGUCCCCAUCCUGCUCUCACUGCUCAAGAUGGCCGCCGAGGCCCGCCAGAGGCGAAGGGAGAGACAGGACAAGAAGGACUGAGACUCAGACUGAGGUUAUUGAGACGGAGAGAUCGACCGAUGAACGGGCACACGCACAGUUGGUUCACUGAUCAACAAAGUGUUUAAAGGAAACUGGACUCAGAAAUUAUUUGAAGACCAUUAGAAAUACAUGGGGCCGUAUUGAUGAACCUUCUCACAAUAGGAGUGUUGCUUUAGGAUCAGUU